CGAUCCGCGCACUCUUCUUGCCGCCGCCGUUGCGUACGCCGCGCCCAACCGAGGAGACCGUCGGAAAGAGGCGAGCCGGUAGGGUCGCUUCAACAGCUGCAACGGCCAGAGGAGAAAAAUAUUCGCGUGUUCCUUUACUUCCUUUUAUUAAUCGCCGGCCGAAAUGCCUCGCGGAGAUCGGGAGAGCGAUUGGGUGAGUGAGAGGGAAAAGGAGCAGUUCCGCAAACUAUUCAUUGGCGGCUUAAGCUUCGAAACAACAGAAGAAAGUUUGAGAAACUACUAUGAGCAAUGGGGAAAAUUAACAGAUUGUGUGGUAAUGAGAGAUCCUGCAAGCAAACGUUCACGAGGAUUUGGUUUUGUAACAUUUUCAUCUAUGGCUGAAGUUGAUGCAGCAAUGGCUGCCAGGCCUCAUUCAAUUGAUGGAAGAGUAGUUGAACCAAAAAGGGCUGUAGCCAGAGAGGAAUCUGGGAAGCCUGGAGCUCAUGUUACUGUAAAAAAAUUAUUUGUUGGUGGAAUUAAAGAAGACACUGAAGAACAUCACCUCAGAGACUACUUUUCAGAAUAUGGAAAAAUUGAUACAAUUGAAAUAAUUACAGACAGACAAUCUGGCAAAAAGAGAGGCUUUGGAUUUGUAACUUUUGAUGACCAUGAUCCUGUGGAUAAAAUUGUGUUACAGAAAUACCACACAAUCAAUGGACAUAAUGCAGAAGUAAGAAAGGCUUUAUCAAGGCAAGAAAUGCAAGAAGUCCAAAGCUCAAGGAGUGGAAGGGGAGGUAAUUUUGGCUUUGGAGAUUCACGUGGAGGUGGUGGAAACUUUGGUCCAGGACCAGGAAGUAACUUCAGAGGUGGAUCUGAUGGCUAUGGAGGUGGUCGUGGAUUUGGUGAUGGAUACAAUGGAUAUGGAGGGGGACCAGGAGGUGGCAAUUUUGGAGGCAGUCCUGGUUAUGGAGGAGGAAGAGGUGGAUAUGGUGGAGGAGGACCUGGGUACGGCAACCAGGGUGGGGGCUACGGAGGUGGAUAUGACAACUAUGGAGGAGGCAAUUAUGGAGGUGGGAAUUACAAUGACUUUGGAAAUUAUAACCAACAGCCUUCAAACUAUGGUCCAAUGAAAAGUGGAAAUUUUGGUGGAAGUAGGAACAUGGGAGGACCAUAUGGUGGAGGAAACUAUGGUCCUGGAGGAAGUGGUGGAAGUGGGGGUUAUGGAGGGAGGAGUCGUUAUUGAACUUCUGUAAGCUUUUCAUGGGCUUCACUGUAUAAAUAGGAGAGGAUGAGCCCAGAGGUAACAGAACAGCUUCAGGUUUUCGAAAUAACUUUGUUAAGGAAACACUUAUCUCAGUCAUGCAUAAAUAUGCAGUGAUAUGGCAGAAGACACCAGAGCAGAUGCAGAGAGCCAUUUUGUGAAUGGAUUGGAUUAUUUAAUAUCAUACCUUACUGUGGAGGAAGGAUUGUAAAAAUGCCUUUGAGACAGUUUCUUAGCUUUUUCAUUGUUGUUUCUUUUUAGUGGUCUUUGUAAGAGUGUAGAAGCAUUCCUUUGAUAAUGUUAAAUUUGUAAGUUUCAGGUGACAUGUGAAACCUUUUUUAAAAAAAUUUCUCUAAAGUUUUGAAAAGCUAUUAGCCAGGAUCAUGGUGUAAUAAGACAUAACGUUUUCCUUUGAAAAAAAUUUUAAGUACGUGUGUAGAGUUAAGAAGCUGUUGUACAUUUAUGAUUUAAUAAAAUAAUUCUAAAGGAAA